ACCUGGCAGCCACACCGGGUCACGUGACAUAGUUCAAUGGCGUCUCUCGGGGCGUCUCGGGGCCGUGUAAACAAUACCAAAAGAACCUCGAUUUCGGGCACACAGGAGGCACCCCACCCCUCGGCGAGCCUCUGGAGGGACCGGUAAUAUUCACAGGGUCUAGAAAUAGGGUAGGAGAGGAAAGGCUAUGAGAAACUUGACCUGAAUGUGCAGAGGAAGAUAUACAAAAUGACGUCACGGAACAAGAAUAAGAAGGAGGAGGAAAAGAAGAGGCAGGAGGAGGAGGCAGCUGCUCAGGCAUACGAGGAGUUUGUAGCCACUUUUGAAGAGACUCCAGUGCAGAAAGGCAAAGUAUGGGUAAAAGCUGGAACCUUCGAUGCCGGGUCUAGGAAGGAAGACACAAAGGAGAAAGGCAAGCUGUACAAACCUACAUCUAAGUUAGCUGAGUUAGCGGAGAAGUUUUCUAGUGCAGAAAAAGCAGCUCAAUAUGCCAAUAAUCGUGUGGAGAAGGACAAACCAGAGAAACCUGGGAAGAAAAAGGAGAAGGAGAAGAAAAAGAAAAGUAACUUAGAGCUUUUCAAGGAAGAGCUGAAAAUGAUUCAGGAAGAACGAGCAGAACGUCACAGGAUCAAAAACAUGUAUCAAACAAGGGAGUCUGGGAAGAGCAGUCGUUUUGAGGCUCCUGAGCCUAAAAUUCCUGGCUUUCUGGGUAUGGAUGAUCCAAAGAUAGGAAGCUUUGACCCGGGAGAUCCAACCACAACCAACCUGUACCUUGGCAAUCUUAGUCCUAAAAUCACGGAGCAGCGUCUCAUGGAGCUCUUUGGUCGGUACGGUCCACUUGCUUCUAUUAAAAUCAUGUGGCCACGUACUGAUGACGAGAGGAACCGAGGCCGUAACUGUGGCUUUGUGGCAUUCAUGAAUCGCAAGGAUGGAGAGAGGGCGUUGUCCUCCCUUAAUGGCAAAGACAUAGAUGGUUUUGAAAUGAAGUUGGGCUGGGGGAAAGCUGUCCCCAUACCCUUGCACCCUAUAUACAUUCCCCCCGCCCUGGUUGAGCUUACCUUGCCCCCGCCACCCUCUGGUCUGCCCUUCAAUGCCCAGCCAGACAAAAGAGACAAAGAAAAAAGUCGGAAGCUUCCCUUAAUUGAGAAUUUGAAGAUCCCUCCUGUAGGCACACCACUACCGAAUGAGGGCGAGAAGAAGGAGGAAAUGGACAAGAUUUUACAAAGGGCUGUUGUCAAAGUGGUUAUCCCAACAGAAAGGUCCCUCCUGCAGCUGAUCCACCGCACCAUUGAGUUCAUCGUGCGCGAGGGGCCCAUGUUUGAGGCCAUGAUCAUGAACAGGGAGAUAUCAAACCCAGACUUUAGGUUUCUGUUCGAGAACCAGAGUCCAGCCCACGUGUACUAUCGGUGGAAGCUGUUCUCCAUGCUGCAGGGGGACUCACCGAGCAGAUGGUGCACCAAACCCUUCAGAAUGUUCAAAAAUGGAUCCAUAUGGAAGCCGCCUCCACUGAAUCCAUUCCUCCAGGGGAUGCCGGAAGAGCUUAUAAAGAAAGAAGAGGAGGAGGAGGAGAAGAAUAAGAAGGGAUCCCUGUCUAAUGCGCAAAGAGGACGUCUGGAAUCAAUGAUUCGUGGAUUGGUACCAGAGAGGGACAAAGUUGGAGAGGCAAUGGUGUGGUGCAUUGAACAUGCUGAUGCUGCUGAGGAGAUCUGUCAGUGUCUGACAGAAGCACUCACAAACAAUGAGACGGCUCUUCCCAAGAAGAUUGCACGACUGUACCUGGUCUCUGACAUUCUACAUAACUGCAGUGUGAAGGUCUCCAACGCUUCAUUUUACAGGAAAGGGUUCCAGAGUAAAUUGGCCGAGAUUUUUGAGGGCCUGCACGUGGGAUAUAACUUAGUAGAGUCAAGGCUGCGGGCAGAGCAGGUGAAGCAGCGCAUUAUGCAGUGUUGUCGGGCCUGGGAGGACUGGGCCAUAUACCCGCACGAGUUCCUUAUUCACCUGCAGAAUAUCUUCCUCGGCCUUGUCAAGAGAUUCCACUACUACCAGGAGCCUAAGAUGGACCUGGAGGAGGAGCUCAUGGGGACUCCAGGGAUCGUUGUUAGCAGUGUAGAUGCGCGGCAGCUUCCAACAGAUGAUGUUGAUGGUAUUCCCAUUGAUGACGUGGAUGGAAUUCCCAUUAAGGAGGAGGAGGAAGAGAAGGAAGAUAUUGAUGGCGUCCCCAUUGCCAACACUCCGCUCAUAAAGAGUGCUGCCAUUUCUGCUUUGCUUGGUUAUGACGAUGAUGAUGACGACGAGGAUAUUGAUGGAGCCCCUUUGGAUGAUGAUGUGGAUGGCAUUCCCAUGAAGGAUGCGUUGGUGUCGGACAAUGGCCCAAGUCCUGGCUUUGUCUCAUCCAAGUGGGAGAGCGUCAGCCCCAAGCGAGUGCAGGCACAGGCUGUCACAACCUCAAAAUGGGAAGCAGUUGAGGCUAACCAGAGUGAAGAUGAAGGCGCAAAUGGUUCUGACAGCACCCCAGUGUACGACAAUUCUGGUCCCCACACACAGAGUCAAAACAGCCAUGACGAGGAUGAUCUUGAUGGUAUUCCUCUAGUAUAUGAUGACUACAAACGCAAGAAGAGAGACUCCUCGGAGGAAGACUCUCAAUCCCAGGACAAUGGGUCUGAGUAUUCUGAGGACUCGAGGGGGUUCGAUAGACUCCAAGGUUUCCGACCGAUAACUACUGCAAAGACACCACUCGCCCGCCAACCACCACCGCCUACGCACUCACACUCACCACAACCAACCACAGACGACGUGAGUGAGGAACGACGGGCACGUCUGCGGGAGGUGGAGAUCCGGGUGCUGCAGUACCAGGAUGAGCUGGAGCAGGGUCUGCGCUCCCUCAAGCCUGGCUAUUCCAUCCAUCGUCAAGUGGCACAUUACAGACACAAAAUGAUGAGAAAGAUUGAGAGGGAGGAAGGAAGUGAGAGAAGGCACCACAGACAUCGCAGCCGCAGCUCCUCCCCUGAGGAGAGACGGUCCACAAAGCGCUCCAGGUCUCCACACAAGUCUCGGCACCCCAGUCGCUCCCGCUCACCCAGCUCCAGAAGACACAGGUCCAGGUCACCGAGGAAACGGCGUUCACACUCCAGGUCGCCGCCACGGAAGCACAAGAAGAAAAGUCGGCAUUAGUUGGGAAUAUACAUAGUAUAAAUGAAUUUUUAUCCUGUACAUGAGGCAUGUGAAUGAUGGUGACAUUGUUUUGACCACCAGUAAAAGACUCCUACUUCUUCAAUUUAUUCUGAAUUUUGUCUGUUUCCUUUGAAUUGGCUUUUAGUGUGAUGGAAGCACAAAGACUAACAUAUGACCCAUGAUGGUAAGUGAGGUCAUGCCAAAGAUAAAGUAUUAAAUUAAGAUGGCAUUGAAAUGUUGCCAAUAGAUCACAUUUGUACAGUUCAUUGGAGAAAUUAUUUUGGCAUUUCUUGUUGCAAUAUAAAAAAGAUAUAACUGAUUUAUUUUUUCAACAAUGAAUCAUGAUCAUUGAACAUUUCCUGUUUGAUAAAUGGAUAUGGUUUGAUUCUGUACAUGUGGCAAAAAAUUCAUGGGUAGGCUUUACAAGUGAUAAAACUGUCAUUGCAAGGUUGAAUAAUUAAAAAAUAAACAUAACAGUACAUAC